AUGGUAAUUUCCAAUCUCGGUAACAAAUCGGAAGAAUGGCUUGCCAGUAUGAAGAACAAACACACAGAACUCUUCCUCAUCCCCUCUGUUGUCUUCUCCAUGGUUACCUUGGUAACAGACCCCGUUCUCCUCACGUGUAUCUUCUGUUUUCGACCUCUGCGCCGUGAAACGCGCUACCUGCUCUUAGCCAACACGCUAACGUGUGACGUCAUCUUCACCAUCCUCAACUUCACCUCCAUGCUGUUCAACACCAUGCGCUUUUCCAUGCUGAGGGUGGUUUGUGAGGUCAUAAUGGUCGUCACUGUGACGACCUACUGCUGUUCCGUGAUCACCGUGACGACGAUGGUGAUAGACACCUACCUGGCCGUCCGCUGGCCUUUGCAGUACCACAACAGGGUGUCCCCGUCCCGAACGCGAAAAAUCAUCGCUGGUUUGUGGGUGCUGGCUUCUGCGUACCCCGUGUCUCUGGUGGUGAUAGGCGAGGUGAUCUUUGAGGAAGCCCCAUACGAACUGCCCCUCUGUCUCAACAUCGUUCUGCUGGGUACUUUUGGAAGUCAGACUAAAGUGGGAAUCUAUCUAUUCUUCACCAUCAGCGUUGUCAUGUGCUUCCUCGUCAUCCUCUUCUGCUACGUCAGGCUCUACAUGGUCACCAGGUCCUCGGGGAUCUGGCAGAGCCGUUUUUCCCGGGCGCGGGCGACCCUGUCCGCUCACGGCAUCAUGCUGGUGCUUUAUUUCAGCCCCGGCCUCGUGUUCACCGUCGAGCUGGCGCUUUACGAACACGACGCGCUGAGGGAGGAGCUGGCGCUCUGGCUGAACCUGGUCAACGUGAGCGUGCUCAUGCUGCUCCCCCGCGUCUUCGCCCCGUACCUGUACGGACUGAGGUACAGAGAGAUCUACAACACUCUCCAUCUGCUUCUCUGGAGGAGGUGCCAACUCCACCAGGUCUCUGUGGGCUAG